GUUCCCCGAGAUCCUGCAGAGAGUUGGAGGUCAAUGUCAAAAGAGAAAGGCUGUAUGUAUCUUCUAGGACCUUCGGCGCUGAUGAAGAAUUUGUCCACAAAUUCUUCCCACACCUAUAUUGUUAUGUUUUGCUUCCUGUUGUACUCGAGUCCCAAUGUGACAGCCACUCUUUCAAGAAACUUCCUUGGAUUCAUUAUUUUCUGAGUUGCUGUCUGCGAUAUCCUUUUAUUGGUGUCAGGUUCAAACACCGAUGACAUUUAUUAAACAGACAAGAAGCAAGGAAUCAAACAGAGACAGGAUUCAAUUCAGCUGAAUAAGGAGAGCGCGUACACCUGCACUCUUGUACAGUGUAAAUGUCAGAAAAAUUGUGUGUAAAUUAUCAAAAAACUUUCCACUCUUUGAGUUUCCAGUGAACAGAUGAGAGCUGUCUCUGUUGCACCAAGCAAAGUCUUGGAAUAUUCUGCUGUGUACGUUGGAAUGAGACGGGAGGGGUUAUCUAUUGUCCUCAAAGACCUGCCGAAGCUGAAUCCAGGAUGGGCCCAAGCCCGAGGCAUCAUCUUCUUUUGUCUUCAAUGUGACCGAAAACAAUGACUGUUUACAUACACCCCAUUUCGGUUGUGACGUGUUGUUGCGUAAACAUUGAAUAUUUAAAUAAAAGAGGAGAUGUAAACCUUUUUCGCCAGAGCAUGGUGCAGGACUGUACAGAGAGUACAGUGGCCAUUUCUCUUCAUAGAUCUGAGUCUAAAUUGAAUUAUGUCUCUGUUUGAUUCCUUGCCUUUUGUCUUGUUUAAUAAAUGUCAUCAGUGUUUGAACCUGACAGUGUCAUCCCACGCCCUGACUAAAGGAUUGCACACCUCCUCUUUUAUUUGAACUUUCCCUGAUUACAUGGCAACAGCUGUUUCUUAAGGGGGAGGGGGUGGUAAACAGCCGUUGCCCUCGAUCACAGAACAGUUCAAAGAAAAGAAGUCUGGAGCUUGCGUCGGGACCUGCUUCCUCUCCGCUUUGUAGAUUUCAAGUCAAGACGAGAUCUUCCUGUGGAUUACAAUAGAUCAAAGAAACCAACACCUUCAUGUCGCUUCCCAUCGUACACAGAGGAGUUUUACAAGCCUUUUGCUUGGUGACCUCUCCUGUUUGACAAGCUUGUCUCUGCGUUCUGUGAUGGCUAUUGGCCAAACAUUAUAACAUUAAAAAGUGCUGCAAGGCAUGCUGGGAAGUAUGAUGCAACUCUACUUUAUUGGAGCCAAACACUAGAUUGUAUCCAAAAGGACGGAGACAUUGUUGGAGGAUUAAUAUCAAAGAUGAGAUGUUCUUGUCGCCACGAAACCUCCUCAUCCACUCCAUCAGCAACACAGGAACAAACAUCUUUAAGACGGCACGAUGAAGUCCCUCCUGACCCCGCUGCUCCUCCUGCCCUUGGUCCUGUCGUCCUCCCUGCCGGUCACGCACGUCCCCACAUUGCUCCCUCACCGGCCGACGCCUCUGGGUCGCUCCCGCUUCAGCGCCCGCGCUCGCCUGGAUUUGACCACUCACUGCAACGCCAGCUGCUUCCACCACGGGCGGCGGGCCGCGGACCAGCUGGACUUCGAGACGCUCUACUGGGACGGCUCGCGUACUCUCACCACCGUGGACGUGAGGGGCGAGGGCAAGGGCGAGGACCACGCCGGGCGCAGGCGAGUGAGGCGUCAGAUUUACGGCGCCGACGGCCGCUUUAACAUCCAAGGAGACAACUUCCUCCUGGAUUACCCUUUCUCCGCGGCUGUGCGGAUCUCCACCGGCUGCACCGGCGUCCUGGUGUCGCGCUGGCACGUCCUGACCGCCGCCCACUGCGUGCACGACGGCAAGGAUUACGUCAAAGGGGCGCGCAAGCUCCGAGUGGGCUUCCUCAUCCCGCCGUCCGUCAACAACACCCUAGCGGACCCCCCGUUAAGGAAGAACCCUCUGGUGCGCUGGCUGCGGGUGAGGCGCACCCGCGUGCCCAAAGGUUGGAUUCAGGGCCCUCAGGACGUCAGCAUGGACUUCGACUACGCCCUGCUGGAGCUGCGCUCGCCCCACCGCCGGCCCUUCAUGCGCCUGGCGGUGGCGCCCUCCUUGGACGAGCUGGCGGGCCGACGCAUCCACUUCUCGGGCUUUGACAGCGACCGACCGGGCCAGCUGGUCUACAGGUUCUGCCCCGUGGAGCAAGAGUCCAGUGACUUGAUCUACCAGCACUGCGACGCCAGGCCCGGGGCCAGCGGCUCGGGGGUGUACGGGCGGGUGUGGGACAACUCUUUGGAGCGCUGGGAGAGAAAGGUCAUCGGGAUCUUCUCAGGCCACCAGUGGCUGGAGAUCGAGGGCGAGAACAAGGACUACAACGUGGCCGUGCGCAUCACGCCGCUCAAGUUCGCUCAGAUCUGCUACUGGGUGCACGGCAACCGUCUGGACUGUUCCCAAGACUGAAGACCACCGACGUGUUUUUAGUUGGGCCUCGUCAGCCUUUAACCCUUGUGCAACCGGAAGGUCGAUAACUCGGAAAAAAAAUGUUGUUUUCGCUUUCGCCGCUUCUAUGACUUUUUAGCAACUUCAGUUCUAUCGAUACAGAUUUUAUGGUUUUUGUUUAAUCUUAAAGGCCUACUGAAAUGAGAUUUUCUUAUUCAAACGGGGAUAGCAGGUCCAUUCUAUGUGUCAUACUUGAUCAUUUCGCGAUAUUGCCAUAUUUUUGCUGAAAGGAUUUAGUAGAGAACAUCCACGAUAAAGUUCGCAACUUUUGGUCGCUAACAAAAAAGCCUUGCCUGUACCGGAAGUAGUGGACGAUGUGCGCGUGACGUCACGGGUUGUGGAGCUCCUCACAUCUGAACAUUGUUUACAAUCAUGGCCACCAGCAGCGAGAGCGAUUCGGACCGAUAAACCAACGAUUUCCCCAUUAAUUUGAGCGCUGAUGAAAGAUUUGUGGAUGAGGAAAGUUAGAGUGAAGCAUUAGAAAAGAAAAAAAAAGGCGAGGGCAGUGUGAGCGAUUCAGAUGUUAGACACAUUUACUAGGAUAAUUCUGGAAAAUCCCUUAUUGUGUUAAUAGUGUUUUAGUGAGAUUAUAUGGUCGUACCUGAAAGUCGGAGGACUGCGGUGACCGCCAGUGUCUCUGGUAGAAGCCAAUGGAGAAGCCAAGAUCACAGCUGCUGCAGGAGGACGCUUACUCCGCACAAGUCUCCGGCAAGAGCCGACUUAAUAUCACAAUUUUCUCAUCCAAAAACUUGCUGGUUGACAUGUGGUAGAGUAACAUGUUCGCUAAAGCUUCACAGCAAACACCAGCUGUGUUUGUGUUGCUAAAGGCAGCUGCAAUCCACCAACAUCUUUCUUCUUAGACGUCUCCGUUAUUAAUAAAACAAAUUGCAAAAAAUUCAGCAACACACAUGUCCAAAAUACUGUGUAAUUAUCCGAUGAAAAGAGACGACUUUUAGCCGUGAGUGGUGCAGGGCUAAAAUGUGCGCUCAACCAAUAACGUCACAAACACGUGUCAUCAUUCCGCGACAUUUUCAACAGGAUACUUCGCGCGAAAUUUAAAAUUGCAAUUUAGUAAACUAAAAAGGCCGUAUUGGCAUGUGUUGCAAUGUUAAUAUUUCAUCAUUGAUAUAUAAACUAUCAGACUGCGUGGUCGGUAGUAGUGGGUUUCAGUAGGCCUUUAAAUAAACCUGUACAGGCUUAGUGUCCACAUGCGUGGACAGCACCUUUUAGCUCUUAUUUCCAAAAUGGUGUACACUACUGAAUUUGGGUCUUAUGGCCGCUUAUGUGGGCACUUAUACUGCCAUCUGGUGGUGUCAGAAAAGUAUAACAUAGGAAAAAAAGUAUAAAUUAGCAUGUCACUAAACAUGAAGUACACAUUUGUGUACUUAUGGACUAAGUACAUCAUAUCAAAAGAUGAUUUUUAGUUGUUAUUCCAAUUAGGGUCUAAUAAGCUCAAAUAGCACAGAAAUUUUUUUUUUAAAAAGCCUGUAAACCAGGGGUCACCAACCAGGUCGCCCGUAAGGACCAGAUGAGUUGCCCGCUGGCCUGUUCUAAAAAUAGCUCAAAUAGCAGCACUUACCAGUGAGCUGCCUCUAUUUUUUAAAUUGUAUUUAUUUACUAGCAAGCUGGUCUCGCUUUGCUCGACAUUUUUAAUUCUAAGAGAGACAAAACCCAAAUAGAAUUUGAAAAUCCAAGAAAAUAUUUUAAAGACUUGGUUUUCAUUUGUUUAAAUAAAUUCAUUUAUUUUUUUACUUUGCUUCCUAUAACUUUCAGAAAGACAAUUUUAGAGAAAAAAUACAACCUUAAAAAUGAUUUUAGGAUUUUUAAACACAUAUACCUUUUUUACCUUUUAAAUUCCUUCCUCUUCUUUGCUGACAAUUUAAAUCAAUGUUCAAGUAAUUUUUUUUAUUGUAAAGAACAAUAAAUACAUUUUAAUGUAAUUUGUCAUUUUAGCUUCUGUUUUUUCGAGUAAGAAUAUUUGUGAAAUAUUUCUUCAAACUUAUUAUGAUUAAAAUUCAAAAAAAUGAUUCUGGAAAAUCUGUAGAAUCAAAUUUAAAUCUUAUUUCAAAGAAUUUUGAAUUUCUUUUCAAAUGUUUGUUCUGGAAAAUAUAGAAGAAAUAAUGAUUUGUCUUUGAUAGAAAUGUAGCUUGGUCCAAUUUGUUAUAUAUUCUAACAAAGUGCAGAUUGGAUUUUAACCUAUUUCAAACAUGUCAUCAAAAUUCUAAAAUUAAUCUUAAUCAGGAAAAAUUACUAAUGAUGUUCCAUAAAUAAUUUUUUUAAUUUUUUCAAAAAGAUUUGAAUUAGCUAGGUUUUCUCUUCAUUUUUUGGGGUUGAAUUUUGAAUUUUAAAGAGUCGAAAUUGAAGACAAACUAUGUUUCAAAAUUUAAUUUUCAUUUUUUGCACGUUUUCUCCUCUUUUAAACUGUUCAAUUGUUUAUUUUCAUCAUUUAUUCUCUACAAAAAAAACCUUCCGUAAAAAGGGGAAAAAAAGGACGACACGAUGACAGACAAAAAUACCCAUUUUUAUAUAUAUACAGUAUAUAUAGAUUUAUUUAUUAAAGGUAAAUUGAGCAAAUUGGCUAUUUCUGGCAAUUUAUUUAAGUGUGUAUCAAACCGGUAGCACUUCGCAUUAAUCAGUACCCAAGAAGUAGCUCUUGCUUUCAAAAAGGUUGGUGACCCCUGCUGUAAACAAACAGUUUGAGGUAAGCAGUAACUUUUUGUUUUUACUUUCAACACUUGAAAUUUUCUAACAACAAUCUUAUCUAUAAGUUUUAUUUUUAUUUUCAUGGAAACAUGCAAAAUACGCACUAUUUGAGGUCAAUAACGUUGAUUUUGUUACGAUAUAGAAAAAAAAACAGUUUUGGAGGUUUGAUGGCAUUAUUCAGUUACGUUCCUGGUUCUCUGGCACCAUCUGGUGGUUACAAAGCGCAAUUACAUCACAGCAAUAUUUUCUUGUUUUUCACUUGGCAAGAUUCAGCGGUUUUUAGAGGGGGACAUCUUUAUUAAAUACCCGGAUUAGGGUCUGCUAAGUUAUCAUGGGAGUUCGAACGUGUGUAUACGUUUGUUUAAAUAAUAAUAACGUCGCUAUUAAAAACGCAAAGCAGGGUUAAAAUACACGAUCAUAUCAUAGGAACACGUGUAAUGUCCGUUUUGGCCACUAGGGGUGCACAACGGUUAAAUUUCCGCAUGAUAUUUUCAGAGGAACAGGCGACCAUGCUUUCCCAAAAGAGUCUUUACUAAUAGAACAUGUUUUUACUACAAAGGCUAAAGGGGUUUGCUGGUGUCAGUAUGAACGUUUAGAGAAUGUUUAAAAUUUAUUUUUGGAUAAAUGCUUUGAUAUAUUUUAAUAAAGAGAUUUAUGACAGCGUU